GUGAGAAUGUCGAUCGCCUUCGUUUGAUCCAGUUGGGAGCAGCGGUGGCAGACGCAGAUGGAACGGUCCGAGGGGCGUGGAGCUUCAACCUCAAGUUCGACAUCGACGUUGACCUCCACACAGAGAAGUCCAUGGCCUUCCUUCGUGCCGCAGGUCUGGACUUUCCCCGCCACAAGAAGGAGGGGAUCGAUCCAGUCGUCCUGGGCCAGAAACUCGCCAACUCAUCCUUGGUCGGACCACGGGCACCCUCUUGGGUCACAUUCGCAGGUUCAUAUGAUCUUGCGUACCUUCUGAAGCUGCUGACCGCAGGGCAGCCGUUGCCACGCGACUUCCACAGCUUUGACGUGCAACUGGGCAUGUACUGCCGCCGUCUCAGCAAGCAGAUAGAUCUCGCGCGAUACGUCAGGGCUGUUCAGGGAGAGCCGCUGCAUGUCGGUGCUGCUAGUGUUUGUGAUUGGAGCCGUGUUCUGCCCGAAAAGUGGCGAGUAUCGGCCACUAAGAAGUCACUCUUUCUUUUGCUUUCAGCGUUCCUCCUGGCCCCUCCUCGCCUCAUGCUGCGCCUUUGGGCGGUUGCUUCGGCCUUGUCGCUUUGCAGCGGCGAGAGCCUCCCAGAAGACGUCCUAGAGUUCAACGAUGAGUGUGCAGAGGGCUCUUGCGCCUUGAAUGCCUUGCAGCAUCGGCGCCAACCAAAUGCAUCGGAAGAAGAACAUGCUUAUGGUUCGGAAGAGGAAGUUCUUCAAGCAUUCAAAGAAAAGGAAGCCGUGCCGCCCGGCUCACCCAAGUGGAUUGAGUGUGAUCCACUCUGCCCAGAGAUGCCGGUGCCUUCAGAUUCUUCGGACUCCUUGGGCGCUGGACCAGAGGAGGAUGACUUGGGAUCCACGGGCCUUUGGCAUGCAG